AAAUAUUUAACCGCGGCGUCAGCGGGCAGGGCAGGCAGCUGCAGGAAUGGAGAGAAGCGGGCAGCGCUCGUUCCCUGCUGUCCCCCCGGGCCAGCCUCAGGGUGACCAUCUGCAGCUCCUGCUGCGCCGCAGCCAGGAGGCCAAAAGCUGCGCCUAUUGCCCCUACAGCCGGUUCCCGGUGGGAGCUGCCCUGCUCACUGCCGGCGGGGAGAUCUUCUCGGGGUGCAACGUGGAGAACGCCUGCUACAGCCUGGGGAUGUGCGCCGAGCGCGGUGUCAUCCAAAAAGCCAUCUCCGAGGGGCACACCAGCUUCAAGGCCAUGGCCAUCGCCAGUGACAUGAGGGACCAGUUCAUCACACCCUGUGGCGCCUGCAGACAAGUGAUGAGAGAGUUUGGCACAGACUGGUAUGUCUACCUGACCAAAGCAGAUGGCACCUACAUUGUCAAGAGGCUGGAGGAGCUGCUGCCACUCUCCUUUGGCCCUGAGGACCUGAAUAAGGUCUGAGCAGCGUGGCCACCAUCAGCAUUUGCUCUUAGGCACAGGGGAUAAUGAUUUUCCCUGAUUUUCUCAGCCUGUAAGCAACUUUUUGGGAGCAACACAGUGGGAAAUUUGUUUAUACUGUUAAGUUGCCCGUUCCUCUGUCUCAUCUUCUAAUUCAGUGUUGAUUUGCAGACUCCAGCUCCACCUUGCCCCAAGGAAAUGGCAAAAUCAAAUCAUAGAAAUUCCCUGUUAUUAGUAAAAAAAGCGUCCAGACAUCCCUGUAGGCAAGGGAGGACAUGGGUUUGAUGCAGAACUCAAACAGGCUUUGGUACAGAAACCACUCCUGAAUAAUGCAAAAUCAUUGCUUGGGAAAGUGCUGGAUCCUUCAGCUCUAAAAAGAAGUGAAAGCAAGAGGGAAAAGGUCCAUCAGCCCCAGAAGCAGUUAGUGAGCCAAUCCAGAUUAGGUGAAUUGCUGGAACAGGGUGGUUAUUGCACUGACCGUGUCCUUUGCUCCUUUCUUCCCAGCUUGUUUUCCUAGCUUUUAUUCUGUUUGGGGUGAAGAAGAGGACAAGGAGUUUUUGGGGUGUUCUGGAGGGGUUUGUGCCUCUGGGGUAAUGCCAUUUGUUGAUUGUAUAUUGAUUUAUAAUGCAAUGACAAAUGAAUUCAUUACAUUUUCCAACCUGCACUGGGUUGAGCAUUUCUGCCAUGCCUAAGUGAAAUAAAAACAGUUCUGUUUUA